ACAUAAUCAUAUCAAGGCCAGCUAGUGUAACACAGCUGAUUAAAAGUUGAUCAAAGAUAAUCAUAUUCUACUUAAAGCUACGUAGAUCCAAUGAGCAGGUCCGUCCGUCCGUCUUAAUGUCUUAUAAAUGCAGAAAAGAUUACUGACUCCUGACUCCUGACUCCUCCUCCCCUUCUCUCUCUUCUUCUGCAAUUAUUCUCUCUACUGGCUACCUCGUGCAGUGAUAAUUGUUAGGUUUUAUUAAGCGGUGGUGGUGGUGAUUUUCAACCUCAUUUACAUUGGUCGUACACUUCCCUAUCCCACUACCCCUUCCCUAUUUUAUGUACUGUCCUCUUAUUAUUAAUAUUCACACCUUAAUUUGAUGUUGGAGAACAUCACCUCACUUCUAAUAAACUACUACUACACCUAGCUACAUUCCUACUGUUUUGUCAAUAAUUUACUUUCUCUUCACUCAUAUAUUUCAUCCCUGUCAAUCCAACCCCCCAAUGUAGCAGAAACAACAACAAUAAACAUCUAUCUCAUUUUCACCAUCCUCAUCAUCAUCAGCUUAUCUGGAGAAGAAGAGACAAGUACUUAAAUCAAUAACUCUCCUUUCUUCUUCUUCUUCUUCUUCUUCUUCUUCUUCUUCAUACCUACUCUCUUCUACCUAAAACCAAGUUAGACAAACGAAAAAAGAUUAGUGAUGAUGCAUCCUGACUCCUUAGUAUCCUUAACUUUGUCCCUCAACCUCAUUCUCAUCCUUGUUAUUUUCUCUUUGACAUCUAAAUGUACUUCAGGAGCAACAUUUACGUUCAUAAACAACUGUGAUUACACAGUAUGGCCGGGGAUACUGUCAAACUCAGGCAGCCCUAAGCUUGGAACCACAGGUUUUCAACUACCACAGAGCAACUCAGUCUCCUUCCAAGCUCCAGCAGGUUGGUCAGGGCGGUUCUGGGGUAGAACCGGUUGCACAUUCGAUUCAUCUGGUAAAGGUAGAUGUUCAACAGCUGAUUGUGGAUCGGGUACAAUAGAAUGUAAUGGAGCAGGAGCAACACCACCAGCAACACUAGCUGAAUUCACAUUAGGUAUAGGCAGUCAAGAUUUCUACGACGUUAGUCUCGUUGAUGGAUAUAACUUGCCCAUGAUUGUUGAAGGUGCUGGUCAAUCGGGCAGUACAUGUGUUACAACUGGGUGUGUUACUGAUUUGAAUCGGCAAUGUCCAACUGAGCUGAAAGUUGGCAACGGCGAUGCUUGUAGAAGUGCUUGUGAAGCGUUUCGUACGCCGGAGUAUUGUUGUAGUGGAGAGUUCGGUACACCUAAUACGUGUCGGCCAUCUGUUUACUCUAAGAUAUUUAAAUCGGCUUGCCCUAGAUCGUAUAGUUAUGCGUAUGAUGAUGCUACCAGUACGUUCACCUGUACCGGAGCUGAUUAUACGAUUACGUUCUGUCCUUCUUACUCAAAUAGUCAGAAGGCUUCAAAGGAGACGACACCGGUUACAGCACCACCAGCUACAAUAGCAAUGACACCACCUGCCACCGGAACAACAGUAGACGGGUCGAAUCCGGGAUACGCUUACGGAUCGGGUGACGGGUCAACAACAAAUCCAGGGUACUCAAAUGCAAAUUCAGGGUAUGGAUCAAAUACCAACCCAGGGUAUUCAAAUACAAAUUCAGGGUAUGGAACGGGUACCGGGUCUGGUACUGAUUCAGGAUCAGGAGGAGGAGCAAUGUUGGCUGAUGCAUCAUGGUUAGCAGGUUUAGCUGUUGGAGAUUCAACAAGAAUCUUUCCUGGGAUUACAUCAUCUGUUGUUGGUGCGACCACCAUUUUUGUCCUCUCCUCAUUCUACUUGUAAUCUGUCUAAGCAGGGAUGGACCAGUUUUGAUGUGGAUAAUAUGUUUAAAAUGGGCACUGUUAGAGACAGAUUGUAAACCACUCAAACGCCCAAAGAUUCUCCUCCUCCUGCCUACGUAUAUUUUUAAUGUUAGCUAGAAUUAAUGCAUGUAUACUUUUUUAUUUUAAUUUGUAAAUAUGGGUUUAGCAUAAAUUAGUAGGAGCAUUUUGGUUUUCCUAGUUUAAUUA